AUGAAGCGUACGCAGCUCACAUGGCUGCUUCUUCUCUUCUCUUGCAACCAAAUUUUGGUUUCUUUUCACAGCUACCACACGUGCGAAGCCAGCCAAAUUGACAACCUCGACAAGUUAUUGAUCAAGUCUCGGAGAUCUCGAAACGGGACUCCUCCUCGUACCACUUCUUCGUGGGGUGAUCAUUUGAAUAAGAACCAAUUUUAUACUCCUGUUUAUGUUGGAAAGCAGGAGGGUCAAAAGGAUUUGGACAAGAUCGAGGGUUUGCCAGGACAGCCUCAGCAAGGAGUUGAUUUUGAUCAGUACUCGGGCUAUGUUACGGUGGACUCCCAAGCUGGCAGAGCCUUGUUCUAUUACUUCGUUGAGUCACCUCAGGAUUCUUCGUCCAAACCCUUAGUGCUGUGGUUAAAUGGAGGACCAGGAUGCUCAUCUUUUGGAUAUGGAGCCAUGGAAGAAUUGGGACCUUUCGGGGUCAAUAGCGACGGAAAGACACUAUACCUAAAUGAGCAUGCGUGGAAUAAGGUGGCAAAUGUGAUAUUCAUGGAGUCCCCGGCCGGAGUGGGAUUUUCAUACUCCAACACAUCAUCCGAUUACACCGUCGGCGACAUACGCACGGCGGAGGACUCGUACACUUUUCUGGUGAACUGGCUAGAAAGAUUUCCCGAAUACAAAACCCGCGAUUUCUACAUAACCGGAGAGAGCUAUGCUGGUCAUUACGUACCUCAACUCGCAUACACCAUUCUCUCAAAGAACAAAGUAACAAAUCAAACCGUAAUCAACCUCAAAGGCAUCGCUAUUGGGAAUGCCUGGAUCGAUGAUAACACUGGUGAGCAAGGUAUAUACGAAUAUUAUUGGUCACAUGCCUUGAACUCAGAUGAAACCCAUGCAGGAAUACAGAAGUACUGUGACUUCGUUACGGGUAAUUUUUCCAGUAUCUGUGAGCAAUAUUUAGGUCAAGGAGAUGGCGAGCUGGGAAACAUUGACAUUUACAACAUCUAUGCUCCAUUGUGUCAUUCAUCAGCAUCAAAGCACUCCAUCAAUGAUGUUGAUCCAUGUAUCGACAAUUAUGUCGAAGCCUAUCUGAAUCUUGGGGAGGUACAAACAGCUCUUCAUGCUAAACCAACAAACUGGACAGCUUGCGGCGACGUUUCUUGGACAGACAGCCCUACCACCAUUCUACCAGUAAUACAGCAACUUAUAGCAAGUGGAAUGAGUGUCUGGGUAUACAGUGGGGACACUGAUGGCCGAGUACCAGUGGCAUCCUCUAGAUACUCCAUAAACAUGUUAAACUUGCCUGUUGUGAAAGCUUGGCGCCCCUGGUAUUCUAGCAAUGAGGUCGGAGGUUAUGUAAUUGAGUACAAAGGAUUGACACUUACCACGGUAAGAGGGGCUGGCCAUAUGGUUCCGAGCUCUCAACCAGAACGAGCACUGACCAUGAUCUCAUCUUUCCUUCAUGGGAAGCCUCCUCCCUCCUGAGAAAAUCAAUCUCCAAUAACAGACAUAACUAUUCUCUCACUGUGAGAGUAUCCAUUACAAGUGUUACCGACUCAGUGGUACUACUUUUACAAAAUCCUGUGUAAUAAGGUCAAGAGAGAAAUCUAACAAUGUGGAGAAUAAAAAAUUUAUUUUCUCAAAAUGUACUGCCAUUGUAAGCUUAAAACGUACAUUCUUAUUAUACAAUGAUAUGAUUGGAAAAUGAAUUACAUUA